AUGCAGCUUACCACCGCCCUCACCAUUCUGGCCGCUGCCGGCACCUCUCUCGCGGCACCCGCUCCAGUUGCUGCACAGUCCAUGAUGGCCGCCGACACAACCUGGACCAUGGAGAGCUUCCAACGCACUUGCAAUGCUGACGACACCACCUGCCACAUCACAUUCGCCGUCAACACCAACGACGGCAGCGAUUCCACUCCUUGCGCCUACGACGUUAACGGAUCUCCUGCCUCGGAUGCUUCCUACAACAGCCUCGUCUGCGGCGCCUACACUGUGGGCAGCACCCACGAUGCCUCCGGCUUCACCGUUCUGUCUGUCCAUACCGACAGCUUGAUCAUCUAUCCCGGCUACACCGACGCGGAACUCGAUGGUGGCAACGUCGUGCAGCCGGACAAGAGCUACACCCCGUCUGCUUUCCCUGGUUAA